AUGGAGUACAAAUGUACCAACAGCUUGAGCAAGGAGACCGGUUAUGAAAGGCGCAACCGCUCCUCCUGCACUACCACAAGCACUGAUUGUCCCGAUUCCACUGAGAGACUCACGUCGGCUCAUACCACGAAGGAAGACCGCCGCAGCGCAUGGGUAGAUAGGGCCAAGGAAGAGACCGACAAUAGAGACAGCGAUGGCGUUGCCUACAAUGUUUGGCACAAACCAAACAAGAAGUUCAAAAGCCAGUGCGCCGAUGGUGAGGAAAUAAACGAGUUUCUUCUCGCCUAUUCGCUGAGCAGGGGCAGAUAG